CGAUUUUUAGGACUUCUUUAGGUGUGUUUUCCAAUUUUUCACUAUGCGCUAGACUGAUUCAUGAAAUCCUGCGAUGUUGCUUUGAUAGGUGUGAGACGACUCACUCCUACCAAAGACGUCGUUCCCGAACCGUAAAUUCAAGUCAUGAGUCUGGUGUUAGAUCAAGCAGAAGUGAAAUAGAAACAGUCUUGUUAUUUCGAAGAUAACUGACAGAUCGAAUUGAUUUGGAGGUGACAUAGGAGAGAACUUCAUUACUUGGGUCUGAUCUUUUCAAAGUUAAAUCUAUUUCAUUUACGAGAGGAGUUAAAAAAAGGUGCACAAAGUUAAGUAAACUUCCCACCUUCUUCGUCAUUCCACAUAAAGCAUGCCUGGACAUCCUCUUUCAAAAAGGGACAAAGAGGCUUUAGCCGAGAAGUACCUUUGCCUAUACUGUCAACUGCUUCUAAGAGACGCCAUGCAGACAAGUUGUGGACAUUUUUAUUGCCAGUCAUGUUUGGUAAAUCUCAUUAAGGAUGAAACCUCCAUGGUGAUGAUAUGUUUAAAGGAUCAGACAAGGCUUUUGUCCACUCAGGUUUUUGCAGACAGAUUCAUGCGGAGAGAAAUACUUGCUCUUGCCGUAUGCUGCACAUUCUCGGAUGACGGAUGCCAUUGGAAAGGAGAAGUCAGACAUUUAGAGAGCCAUAUCUCAACUUGCGAGUUCCUGAAAUUACCAUGCGUUCAUGCCGAGUGUGGUGUAUUGGUGAAAAAAGCUGAUAUUACCAAGCAUUUACAGGAGGAAUGCAAGUACAGAUUAGAAAAGUGCUCAUUUUGUCAACAACAGAUCAAUCUGAACAAGAUGAAGGUGCACCAGGAGACGGACUGUCCGGCAUAUCCAAUUCGUUGUGGCAAUUGUAACAGAGAGGACAUUCCUCGUAGACAGUUGCGAGAUCACCAGGACCCAGUUUUUGGAAACUGUGAAAAUGUGGAGGGCCCAUGUCCAUUUUCACAUAUCGGUUGUUCAAAGAAAGAGGUCCUAAACAGGCAAGAAAGAAAGAAACAUCUGGAACAGGAAAAUAUAUUUCACACGUCUCUGCUCCUUAAAAAAACCUUGCAGAUGACUAAAGAGGUUGAAGGUAUUUUAACACGAAACCCCUUAGUCAUGUCUAGAAACCCUCAGCUCCUUUCAAACUUUGACGGGAUAGUUCAAGAUAUUCUUAACCAGUUGCAAAGUGGUACAGAAGAGAGAAGAAACCAAGAGACCAAAUUAAGAGAGCACAGUGAACGAAUAACCUCUCUUGAGAGAUUUGUGGCUUCAAGAAAUGUUUUGGGAACUGAGGCGUCUGUCCAACGUCUGCCUGAAUCUGGACGGGAUUUGCCAUCUGGUGAAAACUCAAGAAGACUGGUCAAUCUUGAAAACAGGACCGCUGACCAUGAAGUUCUACUGGUCGAGAACAAUCGCACAAUGGAGGAAGUAAGACGUGAUGUCGGCAACAUUAAGAGGCAACUUGACACCAUCCACGAGAGCACCAGAAGGCAUGACCGAAGGAUUGAAUCUAUAGAGCACACACUGGCUCUCAGGAACGUAACCCUGGCUGAUUUGGAGGAAUACGUAAAACAGCAAGAGUUCUCAAGCUACGAUGGCCAGCUGUUGUGGAGGAUUCCUGAUUAUGCCCGUAAACGAAAUGACGCAGUGACUGGACAGCAAGUCUCCUUCUACAGCCCGUGUUUCUUUACUAGUCGCUACGGUUACAAAAUGUGCGCCCGCAUUUAUCUGAACGGGGAUGGAAUGGGAAGAGGAACUCACAUCUCGAUCUUUUUUGUGGUCAUGCGCGGUCAGUAUGACGCACUUCUCCGCUGGCCAUUCAGACAGAAGGUCACCUUCAUGUUGCUAGACCAGGAUAACGUGGAACACGUGAUUGACGCAUUCAGACCUGAUCCGAACAGCUCAUCCUUUCAGAGGCCAAGAAGAGAAACCAACAUCGCCAGUGGGUGCCCGAUGUUUUGUUCGCUGGCUGAACUGAAUAAUCACGCGUAUGUCAGAGACGACACCAUGUUCUUAAAAAUAAUUGUAGAUACUUCUGAUUUGUAGAUAUGAAUGUCCCCUAAAUUUAAGGAUAAAUUUACAGGAGUUUCGGCUCAUCUUCUCUCUUCGAUUUCACUCACUCAUGAUGCCUCGAACUCGUACAUUUCGCUUGCCAUUCAAGGUAGAGGGAUCACCUCUGGUAAAACGAAGAAAACAGAUGCAUUUCUUCAUGCAGUAAAUAUUCUGAUUUUUGUCCAGGCAUCCCACCGAGUCACCUUGCAGAAACCAGACGGUUUCUAAUUAAUGUCGGUGAACGAUCAUGAAAAGAUGACAGCGUCGAGCUGUAAGUGAAGAUCACGUAAUGGUAAGUGAUAGCGUUAAAGCCAGGGCUGGUUGUUUUCUGUGGAGGCGCAUUAACCUAGUUCGAUACAAAGGCAUUAAGUCGAGUGCGUUUAUCUGGAAAUGUGUUUUAUCCUUGGGCAAGGUUAUUAGCGCCCUGUUGCCCCUCUUUCCCCAAGAGUUUAUGGGUUUCAUAAGAACUUAAAAGUAGCCUGGCACCGAUAACGCCAAUUUGCUAACUUGUGCUAAACUAAAUGAGCAGGCAAUUCCGUUUCAGCGUUUGACUAAAACAAAAUGACGACCUAGGACAGACUGACGGCAGUGCGAGUCCAAUUAUUAGAAGUUCGUGAUCAGGUCGCGCAAAUAAUAGCCGAUACAUUCUCAAUACACCCCUUUCACUACAUGACAUGAUGACGCAUGAUGGCGUUUCAUGUUUUCAGUGAGCAGAUUCCCCCCCCUUCCCGCGAAGGUUCUUUUUUAAGCCAAUGUCAUUAUAGUGUACAGAGAGGGUGAAACGAAACACUUUUCAUCCAUUGCGAAGAUGAAAAAUAGAGCAAAAUUAUAAAGAAAGGGUGAAUAAGGUUUUUUUUACAAUUAUGUAGGGAAAAAAGGAAAAAAAAAGACAUUUAUGUUUAGGAAUUAAUUAUACACCCUGUGUUUAGCAGCUAAGUUACUCAGUAAGGACAGAACGAUUGUGGAAUGCAGGCCACACAGUGUUAUGGCAAACACUUGAUUGGAAAGAAAUAGUUUUAAUAAGUACAAUCGUUCUUCUCAUAUACUGUACUUGGUUUACUUAAUUGCUUUUCGACUGAUAUUUUUUCUCAAUAAGAUAACCUAAUUGGAGAUGUUGGCGAGUUUAACAUCCGUGAGAGUGAAGGACUAACUCCACUUAAUCAUGAGCAUAUUUAACAAUUAGGCUGUAGAUAAUAGUGGGGAGGGAAAAAUAUAAUUUUUUAAAUACUGCUGAUGUACAUAUAAUAAGCUUUAGUUUUAUCAUCAUAUUGCAAAUAUUUUUUAGCAGUCAUUGAUAGAAGAAAUCAACAAUUUUGUUUUGUAUCUUAUUGAAAAAUAUUUUAUCAUAUUUUAAAAUUUAGUUUGUAUAUUCUUUAGCAUCUUAUUAAUUAGGCUCAUAAUUAUAUAAUUUAAAAAUUUGAGGGAGCUCUCUGCAGCACACUUGUAAAUAAUCUGAUUGGUAGUCGGACCAGUUUGGUCCACUCCCCCACCCCCUCCCUUUUGGUGCUCAGACUUUUUUCUUCGCACAUUUCUCUCUCUAUUACUAAAGCUGAAGAAUUUAAACUAAUUAUACAAGAAUUUUCGAGAAAAUUUAGCUAAUUUUAGCUAUUA